AUGAAUUCCUUUAGACAACAUUUACAGUUAAUUAUUUCAACGCUAUUUAUAUUACAAGUAUGGUCGCAGCGACAGUCGCCACAAUUUUCGUUCAGUUCAAAUGCCAACCCUAACUAUCAGCCGGCACAGCCGCAGCCACAGCAACCGGCCCAGCAGGCCGCACCGCGACCGGCGGCCACCUAUGCCGGCAGUUUUAUUUGUCCCCAGGAUUUCGGUUUCUAUCCGCACGGCAAAAGCUGCGACAAGUACUGGGCCUGCGAUAAUGGCACCAGUAGUCUGAAGACAUGCGGCAAUGGACUGGUAUUUGACGACUCGGAUGCCAAACGAGAGAACUGUGCCUAUCCUUUCUCAGUUGAUUGUGGAGAAAGAGCUGAUUUAGAGCCACCCAUAUCGACACCUCACUGUCCCCGAUUGUACGGUAUCUUUAGCGACCCGACCAAUUGCCGGGUGUUUUAUUCAUGCUGGAACGGUGAGGCAUCCAAAUACGAGUGCCCGCCCGGCCUGGCCUACGAUGCCGACCAACGUGUAUGCGUUUGGGCCGAUCAUGUCGACCGAUGCGACUCAUCGGAAAUUAGCGAUGGAUUUGUCUGCCCCGACCCCACAGAAACUGACCAACCAGGCCAUUACACCCGUCACGCCCACCCAACUGAUUGUCGCAAAUUUUAUGUCUGCAUUGAAGGAGUCGCCCGUCCCUAUGGUUGUAGUAUAGGAACUGUAUUCAAUGUCGAGUCCCUACAAUGUGACGAUCCCGAAAACGUACCUGGAUGUGAAAAAUAUUACGGAGAUCUUGACUCAAAACAAGUGAAAAAACUUCAGAGAGACGGCGGACGCAACUAACAAAAAAAAUUAAUAAUAAUAAAAAAUAAAAUAAAUCAUACCAU